AAACUGAGUUUCAAUUUAGUUCUUAUUUCAUUUUCUCUGCUUGUUUGUUGAUUUUAUUUUCUCUUUUUGUUCAUGAUUAUUAUUCAAUUAAUUAUCUCUCUCAAGUAACAGUAAAUUCUAAUUUAAUAUCAUGUCCUCAUCAAAGAGUAAUAAUCAAACGGAAGCCAAGGAUGAUGCCACUAAAAAAUGGACUCUGAAUCCGGAGGCAGCUGAAUUUGUUCCAAGAUUUGCUUCAAAUGUACCAACACAAUCCCCAGGUAUGGGAUCUUUUAAACCCAUGGGAUCAGGCAAUUCUGGAACCGGUUCAUCCAUGGCUGGUACAACAGGUCCUCCUUCCAGAGCUUCUAAAGCCUAUCAUAAUGGGAAUGAUUGGUCUGAGAAUGAUAAUGAAUUUGUUGAUCCGAUUAGGCGAGAAAGUGAUACUGAAGUUGAAGAUUACGUGGCUCUAAGUGAAUUGAAAGAAUUUAUUGACGCAAUAUCAUCUAAUCCAGCCCAGUAUGAUGCUGAAAUUAACUACAUCACGGAAGUCCUUAACAACUGGAUUACAGAGGAUCCUGACAUAAUUAUGCAGUGCAUUGUUAACACUAUUGUCGACCAGGGAAUUAUUGAUACAAAUUUUCGUUACAAUGGAGUUCGUCUGUGUGUCCACCUCAUUGCAAAUCUCAAAGCUAUUACCAGUAAAGGUUCAUUCAAAGAUAUACUUUUACAGAGAUGUCAGCGGGAAAUUUCAAGGCGUGAUUCGAUGGCCAAGGCAUCUGAUGGUGGACAAUAUUCUAGAGGUGUCGCUCUUUUUAUUGCUGAUUUAUCAACUCGUGUUGAUGAUCCAGACCUUGUCGAAGCCCUUCCAGAACUUAUCGAAACCCUAUUGUCUCAUACGACCACUGACAAUGUUAAAUGCGCAUGUAAUAUCUUAAAGCUCUGUGGUACCCACCUUGAAGAUUACCUUAAGAAGAAGAACAGCGACACAAUGGAUACUAUAUUCGACCGUCUCAAAGGAAUCAGUAGUCGUAGUCAAGUUUCCGAUUCUUUGAAAAAUGUAAUUAAUAAUGUUGUCGAGUUUAGGGCAAACAACUGGAAAACUCCAUCACUGCCUAGUAAUAUUGUUAACCCAUACGCAACAGGAGCUAACAACCCUUACAAUGACUACAAUCCACAAUCCAACAACCACCAUCAUUACCAGAAUUAUGGUCACAAUCCAAGGUCAGGAUCAAGCUAUGAUUUUGGUCCAUGUGGUGAUGAGGGUGAUCAAGAUGUUUGCGAUGCCUUCGAAGAAUUCCUUAGAGACUCAGGACAACUCCAAUAAAGAAUCAUAAAAACUACAUUUAACAAUUAACAACAAAAAAAACCAUGUCAACUGGGAAGUGCUGAAAAAAAAACAAUCUAACACCAUUUUCAUUUAUACAUAUAAAUCUACAUCAUCAUUUUGUGAUCAUGGUUUGGUCAGAAAACAAGAAAGUAUCAGAAUAAGACGAAAACAGUAUUUAAAGAGCACGAAAAACAAGAACCACGAUUAAUAAACAAAACCAAACCGAAUGAGAAAAAAUAACUAAACCACCAAACAACUAUGAAAACCAUAAACUCACUAAUAAUAUUCAACUUUUUCUCCUUCCCACCAUAUAAACCAUCUCUCUCUCUCCCUUUCCUUCUCUCUCAUCAUGAUUAUCAUUAUGAAAGAAACAAAAAACGCUUCCUGUAUCCAUAGAGCUCUAACUUUUGUCAAUAAAAAUGUAAUCUCAGGUGAACUGGGAUACUGAUAAAAGGA